AUGCGACAAGAGCAGGAGAGUACACGUGUGGUUAUCAGGUGCACAACUCCCAUCGGUGGAACUGAAUCCCCUCCUUCUCUCCUCAAAGAUGCUAAACAUAGAGUUGUCCUCUUCUCACAAUGCUUUAGACAAUCAACCAUUGACUUGCUCCCAAUAAUCAAAUGCCACUCUCACCGCCUGUUUUUAUGGUCAAAUGUAUGUACUCUAGACGACUCUACCAACCAAAACAUUAGUCUACCACGAGGGAAAAUCAUCUAUCAGCAUGAGGGUCGACCGGUCCUGCCUCCAGAAAGUGCUGAUGAAGUGUCGCAUUCAAAUGACGGCCCCUUUUUGGCGGUUAUUGCUAUCGGAAGUCUGUUCCUUCUCCUCACUAUCACCACACUUGCCGUCAGUCUUGCCUUUUUGCGUCAACACACUCGCAACGAGCGCCGCCUAAGGUGCGGUGACAAUGCUUGCGUCAGAGGAAUUGGAAGCAGUGGUGCAGUCAAUGAGGUGGAUGUUUUUAUCAAUCCCAGCAGUGAAUGGCGUUGCAGUCUAGACUCGGACAGUUUUGAGGACCUCUCGGACAUCUCUAUAGAGGUGGAUGUGGGUGAGGAGGAGGAGGAGGCGCAGGCUAACCAAAGGGCAGAAGGAAGAGUAGAGGUAGAAGGAUACGCAGUUGAAUGGGUCUACACAAAUCCACGCCUAUGUCCAAGACAUUCACAAAUAGAAAUGAUCCAAGGAAAGAGUUUUAUGACAUCUUCCAUUGUGCAUGACGUUUAA